AUGUUGUCAAUUAUUAGUCAAUGUCAAGAUUUAGAUGAAGAGUAUAGAUAAUUAGUUUAGAGAAUAAAUUACAUGGUAGAUAACUUGAGUAUAGUAAGUCUUGAAUUUGUGAAUUCGAAAUUAGAAUUUUUGGAGAAAUACUCAGGUACUCUAAAAUCAAGUUAAAUUGAUGCACGAAUUCAUAGAAAUUCAUAAAUGAAGAACUUAAUUGAAUAUAUAAAGAUGCAUAGAAAAUCAGAAGUAAAAUCACUUGCAUAAUCACCACCAGCAAAGAUGACCCAUCAUCGUCCAAAAUAUUCAUUUAAUGAGAAGGCCUUUUCUAGUAUGCUUUAUAAUAGCAUGAACCAAAUGACAUAGUAAAAAACAUAGAUUAAUGAUCUUGAUUAAUCUUAAUAGAAGCCUACUCUGAAACAGAAAAACCUUAAUAUUCUAUAAAUUUUAAUAGGAAAGUAAAAGCUUGACUAAAAAAAAGGAAAUGAAGACAUGUUUCGAUUACUCUAAAAAUGCAUGCAUUUAAUCUCUUAAAAAUAAGAAUUUUAAGAAGAGUAUGAAGAUUUAUAAAGAGAAUAUAAAGAUGUAGUUAAGAGCAAUAGAAGUUUAUAAUGCAAAGUCAAUUUUGGUUUAAAAUCAUCAAAAUUAAAGGAGAAUUUAAAUUAAUUAAUAGUGAGUCAAGAAUCAUUUAAAUCAUACCUCAAUUCUGUUAUUUGA